AGGGAGUGAACGUCGCUGGCAACUCCACCGCUGGAUUAGAGGGAGUGAGCGCCGCUGGCAACACCUCCUCUGGAAUAGAGGGAGUGAGCGACGCUGGCAACACCACCGCUGGUAAAGAGGGAGGGAACGCUGCUGGUAUAGAGGGAGUGAGCGCCACUGGCAACACCUACGCUGGUAUAGAGGAAGUGAGCGCCACUGGCAACUCCACCGAUGGUAUAGAGGGAGUGAACGCCGCUGCCAACACCUCCGCUAGUAUAGAGAGAGUGAACAACGCUGGCAACACCUCCGCUAGUAUAGAGGAAAUGAGCGCUGCUGGCAACACCGCCGCUGGUAUAGAGAGAGUGAGCGCCGUUGGCAACACCGCCGCUGGUAUAGAGAGAAUGAGCGCCGUUGGCAACACCGCCGCUGAGGAAGUGAGCGCCGCUGGCAACACCGCCGCUGGUAUAGUGGAAGUGAGCGCCGCUGCCAACACCACCGCUGGUAAUGAGGGAGGGAACGCUGCUGGUAUAGCGGGAGUGAGCGCCGCUGGCAACACCUACGCUGGUAUAGAGGAAGUGAGCGCCGCUGGCAACACCGCCGCUGGUAUAGAGGAAGUGAGCGCCGCUGCCAACACCACUGCUGGUAAAGAGGGAUUGAGCGCCGCUGGCAACUCCACCGCUG